UUGACCCAGGACUGUGGUUAUAGUGUUUCUCUCAAACCUGAAGCUGUUUUCGUCAAGGCGCCGCUGGCGAAUAGCAAAAAUGGAUCAGCGGCGGGAUAUUCAAAAUUUCAAGAGAAACGAAAGGACGAGGGUUACAGUGUCCUCCUGUUCUUCACUCGGAAUGGAGAUCAAAAGAAAGAAAAUCAAGGAGAGCACAGUCAUUCUACAGCAGGAGGACUGCGACCUCCAAGAGAAAAUCGAUUUUGAGAUCCGGAUGCGCGAAGGGGCUUACAAGUUGCUUGUCGCCAGCACACAGAGAGACCAGGUUUUAAGUGCUUCCAAGAAUCUGCUCACCUGCAACGCUCGUAUAGAAGCCUACAUGGCAGAGCUUCAGAAGAAGGGGGAGGUGCACAUCCUGAUAAAUGCAGCUAGGAGAUCAUCUGAUGGUGUUCCAAAGGACCGCAUAGCAUGUAAGGGUAAAGUGGCCAUAUCUGGUCUUCGGAUACCAUUGAUGUGGAAGGAUACUGACCACUUCAACAACAGAGGAAGCUCACGCCGUGUGGCUGUGUUCUGCCUGAUGAAGAUGGGAGCAGAGGUUUUUGACACUGACAUGGUCAUUGUGGAUCGAUCUGUGACGGACAUCUGUUUCGACGGUUUAACUAUUUUCAAAGAGGCAUCUCCAGACUUUGAGUUGAAGUUGGAGGUCUACAGCUGUGCCAUGGAGGAGGAGACGUCCUUGGUCAACACUCCUAAAAAACUAGCCAAGAAGCUGGGGAGUUCACUUAGCAAGAGCACAGGAAAGAAACACUGCCCUCUUCAGGAGGGAGGAGAUCCUGAGUCUUUCUUUCAAUCCAGUCUCCAAGCUCUAGGUGCAAAAUAUAGCCUGCUGGCUCAUACCACACUGGGCCUGGCACAGGCUGAGGAGGGCUUCCAGUCCCAUACGCUCACCGUACCACCAAACGAGGACUCUUCCUUCUGGCUGCCUCUGUAUGGCAACGUGUGCUGCCGGUUGGUGGCACAACCAGAGUGCAUGACACAGGAUAUGAUGAGUGGAUUCUUGAAUCAGCAGCAAAACAUCGUGGGCGUCCCUAGGUGCAGCAGACUGUUUUGUGUUCUUAGAGCAGGCCAGCUGCUCUGCUACUACACCCCAGAGGAAAUUGAAGCUAAAUUGGAUCCUGCCAUUGUCAUUCCUAUCAACAAGGAAACAAGGAUACGAGCAAUAGAUAAGGACUCCAAGAAAAGAUCCCAUAGUUUCACAAUUAUCAACCCUAGAGCCGGAGAAGCUGUGACUAAUGUCUUUGUGGCCGAGUGCAAAGAGGAGCUCCAAAAAUGGAUGGAGGGUUUUUGGCAGCAUUUUUAUGAUCUGAGCCAAUGGAAACACUGCUGCAGCGAUCUCAUGAAGAUUGAGGUCGUGUCUCCCAGAAGGCCCCCUUUGUUCCUUACAAAACAGGCCACCUCGGUCUACCAUGAUCUAAGUAUUGAUUCCCCGACAAAGCUCGAAAGCUUGACGGAUCUUAUCCACCAUAAAAUCGAGGAGACGGGAGGGCGCUUUCUCAUCGGGCAAGAGGAAGACCCCGUCGCCCCUCGCUGGGCUUCACUCUUCGAGGGCUCCCACCCCAUGGUGGUGCAGAAGUGCGUGCUGUCCCCCGCCCGGGGCUCGGAGACCCCAAGCCCAGGUGCCGCGGCCGCGAAGAAACGACGUGCCCCGCCCCCGCCUCCGGCCAAGGCUGUGGCUCUUGGGCCCGCGGCGAGCCACGCCCUUCCGCGGGAGGAGGCCGGCUCCUGGAGGAGGCCGGCGGUGCGGGCGGGGAGGCCCUCCCUCGACAGCAAGCUCUCCGCGGUGAUCCAGCAGCUGCAGAGGCCCUCGGUGCCGUCUCGCAAGAAGCCCCCCAGGCACCAGGAGGGGACGGGCGCGGAGAACCGGCCCCCCGAGUUACCCGCCCGGCCGGUCCCCGCCCCGCGCCCCAGACUGAGCUCUCUCAAGGAGAAGAUGAAGCCGAAACCUCGGAUCCCAGCUCUGGACGGCGUGGCCUCCUAGAGCCGCUGUGGCCGUGUCUCGUGCCUUGUGACCCGUUUGGCGUGGCGGUCUCGCGGGUUUUCUGAUCAGUCCACCAUACAGGAGAUGAGGCCCUUGCAACAGAAACUUUUUUUGUAACUUUCAAAAUGUGAAUUUCCAUAGAGUUUAAACAUAAGAGCAUAUCAAACCGAUCAUUUAGGUGUUAGUAGCUCAUUGAUCCAUCUGUUCCUUGAAGGAUCCCUGGAGAUCUUUUAAACAGUUGGUCUGUGUCACAUUGAAUGUCUGUUGUGGUCAUUUACUUUUUAUGUGUUUGUGUACAAAGUUUUUUUUUUUAAUCUGUGUAGCUUGUAUAGUUUUGGUAUACCUUCUCAGAUUGCAUUUAAAAUUUGCACAUCCUAAAAAAUCAUAGUUCUAACAGCUGUGAACUUCUACAUAAAGAUGUCUCUUUAGCGAUUUACUGAUGCAUUGAGACUAAUAUCUUUAGCCUGUACCUUAACUGCGGAAGAUAUUAUUGUGACUUAUUCUGUAUUGUUACAGUAUAAGUUAAAUUAGGUAAUAUCUUUUCUUUUUAAUGGACAAAUGUGAGGAAACGAUAUGGGGAUGGGGAGGGAACUCUCAAAAGAGAAGAAGCUGUGAUUUUGUUUUACAUUUCUUUAACAAGCAAUGUGUGCAAUUCAUUUUCCUUUCAUUUCAGUUUUUCCUGGGUGUAAUUAAUCUGCUUAAUUGUUUUUUACAUUAUACAGCUGCUACUUCCCAUAGAAUUGUUUUUCCUGGCUGUGCAAUCUCAUGGUUUUUCCUGUGGUCCUCUAGGAUAAAUACUUUAAAGUAUGCCUUCAUUACAAAUGAGCCUGUUCAUGCAAAGUGACUGCCUGCUUUCAGCAAGACUAAUCAUCGUUUAUCUUGAUGACCAGUUUAUAGGCCGGACCUACUGUGACUGAAGAAAAGGAUUAAAAACAUGCUUGUUCUCUAUGAAACACAAAACCCGCCUCUGUUUUCAUCUUGGUUUUGUUCACAUUAGAGUAAUUAUUUAUUCUUGUUUUAGGCAAUUUAAGUUUUCAUUUUCCUUACAAAAUUGUAGUGGCUCUACUAAGCAAUGUGUAUGUGUACAAACUCUUAUUGGUGCUAAUGAACUAUUUUAAAUUGUGAACAUCUCAUUUAGGGAUGACAGCACAAUUUCCAUUUACCCCUUCUUAUAGUUUACAUUACCUUAAUUGUAAUAUAGUCUUUACUACAGUAGAACUAGAUAUUGAUUAUACAUCUAUUGUAUAUACUAGAUUUGGUGACGCUGGGUGUAUAGUUAUUGAAAAAACAGCUAGUCUGUCACUUUGAGGUAUCAUAAAAUAAUUAAAACUCUUGGUUCUAACAUGUUAGCCUCCCAGAGUCCUAAAUCACAGUAAGAGAAACAAAACAAAAAGUUGAAACAAUGCACAAUGUUGAACUGAGAUUGAGUAAUUAAAAUCCAUGUGUGGUUCAGUGGUUGAGACUUUAGUUUAGAUUUGUCCACCUCAAGUUCACAUUUAACAAAAUCGGAUGCAGAAAUAAAGGGGGUUGUCUUUUUA